UCUUCUUCUAGUAAAGAUUCAUCGGGGGAAGACGACCUUGCGGAAGGCCUUUUACUUCUUCUUUUCUGUCUCUUCUUUAUUUUUUUCUUUUGCGACCAGCAUCAACGUAGCGGAAGAGUUCCUCCCCACCUCCAAAGAUGUAUGGGUCGCAAAGUUCGGGUCCUCCGCAGCCCGAAUGGCGUCUGCCUUCUUCCAACACGCAGCAAUCGGCUUCAUCUCGCCAUCAUCCUCCGCAACAACCAUCAUGGCGCGCUUCUUCCCCGCCCCCUCCACCGCCUCCUCCGCGUCCGACAACUACAUCAUCAUCUCUUUACAACCCCACCAUCUACGGUCAAAUUUCCAAUCCUCCUUCAGCAGUUAAUGUUCAUCCGGGUACAAGCAUAUCCCCCGUUUCUGCCGUUGCAGGCUCCGACACCACUUCAUGGGGAGUCAAGUACAACAGGCACCAACUUCAUGCGCAGUCGCCCCCACCACUACCCCCGCGGCCUUCAAGCACGGCGCAAUCACCACAGGCGCAGUCUCCAGUUGUGAGCCCGCUAGACCCAAACAAACCUUUACCAGCUGCUCCAGGCUGGGCGACCCAACCAGCGGAUAAUACAUCCUACCAGCAAUGGCCAUCGAAUCCUCCAUAUGCUCCCCAGCAAUCUGUCAGCGCUUCGCCGUUACAGCCUCCACCACCGCCCCCGGCUAAUUCCACUGGUUACCAGAGCCCAAAUGCCCAGCAGAGCAACCUAUGGCAGCAACCACCUCCGGUUCCUCCUCCUCCCUACUCUGGUGCCCCCCUGGGUCAGUAUCACGAUCACGAUUCCUCGGUGCAGCAGCCAGCGACUUUGCCAAGCCAUCCACAAUUCACCGGCAACAAUGCACCUAAUCUGGCCAUUUCCCAAGCUCCACCCCCCAAGCCAAGCACUCCAGUAUCUUAUGAGAGCCAGCCACUACCCGGGCCUCCGCAGGCUCCUGUGGCUGCGGCUUUGAGUACAGCACAUGGAACACCGCCCGUCGUUCCUCCACCGGUGCCUCCCAAGACCAGCCCUCUCAAUGCCCCGACUAGCGCUUCUGUCCUAGCCUCUGGCGGGCCCUCAGACUGGGAGCACCUGACACCCACUCCAGGGAGUAUUGAUGAUUUAGGUGCCUUUGGCUCUCGGCCCCAGGAUGGGCCCUCUUCGGGCCCACAGUCACAGGUGCCUCAGAGUCGCCCGACAAAUAUUGAAGAGCCUGAGAGAAAGGCUGAAUCUGUCAGCCCUAUAACGCCUCCUAGUGAUUCAUUCCAAACAACGAGUCAAACUGAAGGCCCUUUGACUAGUCAGACCGUGGUAAAGAGUACUCCACCCCAACCAGUCAGGAUGGAUAGUACUGGAUCUGUUCAGAGUAACAACUCCACUUCUGAAACCGCUGAAAGCAUUGACGGCAUCAUCGAAGCUUGGAACCGUCCUAUCGCGCAAACAUCAGCUGAGCAGAAUCCUCAGAGCUCAGUGUCUCGGGUCAGCACAGGCAUUUUGCCUCCUUCGCGGAAGCAGAGCCCAAUCGAGACCCCGACGCCUAGACAGGAAUCGAUAAUUCCUCGAAAGCAAGUUCAGUCUGGGUCAAGCUCAGUGGAGUCGAACAGUGUCACCAACGGGCCAACUACGGAUAAACGGACAAUCCUCCCUGCCUUUGUACCACUCGAUCCGUACGAUGAUCUCGAUCCCUGGUCAAAAUCCUCCUUGGAACGUUAUGUCGCAAUGCUUCGAAAGGAGGCAGUGGCUGACUCCGAUGCGGAGCGUUUCAAUAUAUUCACAGCAUUUAUGGCCAAGGAGACCAAACUACGAGAGAUCCUGUUCAACAUUGAGCCUGAACCGGCGCUAGUGGAUGAGAAUCUCAAAGAGAGUCCGUGGCAACAAACGCCCACUCCACGCGCAUCGACCAAAGACUCGAACGAUGACGUGGGAUCCGGUCUGAUACCAGUCGAAACCGAAGGCAGCCAUGUGGUCUCGAAUAGUGGGGAUGACGACUCGGAAGAUGGCAGCUACAGUCCUGGAGGACGUCCCAUUCUUCCCAAAAUACAGACACCCAGCGUAAAAAAAUUACAGAGAUCUGCCUCGCUUACAGGGAGCAAUAAAUACCACACUGAUUUUGUCGCUCAUGCUACGUCGUCACGAGCGACAUCAGUGCCACCCUCCAUGCUCGGUGAUGCCCGACAUGAACAUGCCUUACCCCCUCUGACCACCAACCCUCCACAGCCGAUUUAUACCCCGUUUCGCUAUACUGAAGGCCCCCAACGAGGCUCUGAUGUACUUGUGUUUGAUCGGCCUGCAUAUCAAGCCUAUUCCGACCUGCGGCAGGCGUCAGCUGAGAGUGGGCGGGUAAUGUCGAACGCUCCAGCACCUACUCCCGGAGAUAGACCGGGUUCAGCAGUGCCCCCGCGUCGGAACGAAUUUGAUGAAACGUUCAUUGGGCUGAUAAGGGAGAAGAGCGUUGCCUACCGAAAGAGCGCACCCCGGAAAACGUCCUCUCCGCCACCACUGCCGGCUUCUCUCAGACAUGGAAAGCCAGCUGGUCCAGUUGACGACUUGCGGUCCAUGGCUUCAUCGCCGAUGUCCAAACAAUCGGAAAGCUCGUGGAAUAUGACGACUAGGAAGGAUCUGGAGAAUUACUCCAAUGACUUCUCGUACAUCAGGGAGGCGGUAAAGUCUUGGGAAGUUUCAAGCAAACCGCGCAGAGAGCAAUUGGAUAGGGAACGGAUUCAACGCCAGGAGGUGUCGGAGAAGCGCAUCGAUGCGCUCUUCAAUGGGAAGGAGAUUGGCUAUGCCGAUAUCAAUGUACUGGAGGAGGAGUUCCGUCAGAAGGAGGCUCGUGCUCAGCUAGACGAAGAAAGACAGGAGUUGGACAAGUUUGUCGCCGAUGUUUUCGAGCCUUUGGAUCAACGCUUGAAAGAAGAAAUAGCUGCGCUUCAGGCGCUCUACGAAGCCGCGCUUGCUCAACUUGAUCAUGAAAAUGGACGGGUCAAGUCUGCGACCACUGACAGGUACAAUCUGUCGCACACCAUGAGGACGGUGAAUGAAAUUUAUCGCAAACUCGAGCUACGUUACCAAAAACGUCUCGAAAUUGCUUUGGAUCGGGAGCGCCGGCGGAAGAAGGCUGAGAGGCGGCCUCUUGUUUUCAUGGGCGACUCCGUGGCCCUGAAAGGCGUGGAUCACGAUUUUGACCAGAUGGAGAAACGCAACAUCCUGGAAGCGGCUAGAGAGCGAGAUAAUAGAGCUAACCGUCUGAUGGACUCGUUUGACGAUGCCAUCAUGCACGGGUUGGGUGAAAACCAGAGCCUCCUUGACGAAGUUGCUGCGAAGGUGGCCAAGGUCGAUACCGCGACCAUUCGCUCGUCGGGGCUGCCAGACUCCGAGGUGGAACAGUUGCUGAAAUCAGUAUACAACCUGAUUGAGUCUUUGCGUAAAGAUUCUGAGUCCAUCUUGCACCAAUUCAAUAUGGCUGAUUCGGUACUCAACGAUGCUGAUUACAGUGUUUCUGUGGCCGAGGCACGUUAUUCAGACGCCGAUGCGGAUGUUUUCCGCCGGCUUGAUGAUGAGAAAAGGAAGGAAGACGCAAAGAUCCAAGCGGAUCUCAAGUCCAAACUCGAAAGUAUCAGGUCUGGGCCUGCAAAUAUAAUCACUAGCAUAAAUGGUCUCCUGGAGUCUUUAGGCAAGCCUCCUAUAGUUGAUCAAACUGGUUCUUCAUCACAGAUGCCUGCCGAUACGCUAGCGCCGGUAUCCCAGCAUCUCACGACUGAUAUUGCACCACGGAAGCCCGAAGAAGAUCCCGAGCAUCAGGAGAGGCUUCGGAAAGCAUUGGAGAAUGCCAAAAGGAGAAAUGCGGCGAGGAUGAACACUGAAACAAGCCGCCCUUGAGGAUAGCUAUUAAUUACUUUCUGCCAGACAGGCAUUUGACGACAUGACGAAUUUCAUAUUCUGUCUCUAGUAGACAACGGUAGAUGCUUUUGGUUUUUAGUAUUAGCUUUCUUUCUCCGCACUAUUACCCGUUUCUUUAGUCGUUCUGUAUAUGAUUAAUACUAUAAGCGUGUACACGCUCUUACAAGUUC